UGCUUGGCCUUCUAGCCUUUCCAUCCGUCUCGUCAUCUCCCUUAUCUACCUGCCUACCUGGUGAAGCCGUCGUCCGGCCUUCUAGAAAAAGACACCAGGUCCGCUCUCUCAACUCCUCUCGGUCCUGUGGUCCUCAUCGCCCAAGCCUCAGUCACACGUAGGUACCCAUGUCCGGCGGCAAAUCGCCUCAGCCGUACCUACAAAGCUUAUGAAGUAUCGCACCCCCCUUGCCCUCUGCCACAAGUCGUUUCAAGCUGGGAGAGCUUGUCGCCAAACCCCGCCCUGACAAAGCUGCGUCGUGUGGUCCCGCCAUCGGCCGGUCUGCCAGCUCGACCACAAUACCCCUCCCCUCCUUCUCCCCUCCCGCUCCCAUCCCUGCCUGAAAUCAUCCGUCGUUGUCAUGCGAAUAAGCCUAGUCCAACAUGGCGCAAGGAAACAUGACAUUACAAGACUGGCUGGACGACCUCUGCGUUAGAUUCAUCAUCAAUCUCCCCCGAGAAGAUCUGUCCUCCGUCGCCCGCAUCUGCUUCCAAAUUGAAGAGGCACAAUGGUUCUACGAAGAUUUUAUCCGGCCGCUAGACCCGAGCCUGCCAUCCAUGGGCUUGCGGACUUUCAGCCUCAAGAUGUUUCAGCACUGCCCGCUACUCGCCUCCUUCUCCGCCGAAAGCCAUAUCCGUGCCUUCGAGGAGUUCAUUGCCUACAAGCAGAGAGUCCCGGUCCGGGGUGCCAUCAUGCUCAACGACGCCAUGGAUGCCGUCGUUCUCGUUCGCGGUUACAAGAAGGGCUCGCGCUGGAGUUUCCCGCGGGGCAAGAUCAACAAGGACGAAGAUGACCUGGACUGUGCCGUUCGUGAGGUUUACGAAGAGACUGGCUAUGAUCUUCGGGAGGCGGGCCUAAUCGAUAGGAACGAACCGCUCGCUCCCCUCCAGGUCACCAUGCGAGACCAGCACAUACAGCUCUUCGUGUUUCGCGGCAUACCCGAGGACACCGUCUUCAAGACGAGGACCAGGAAGGAGAUUGGCGACAUCAAGUGGUACGGGGUUUCGGAGCUUCCAGCCUACCGCAAGAAGGGCGCCGGGAAGAACAAUGGUGCCGACGGUCUUUCUAAUGAUAAGUUCCAUCUGGUUGCGCCCUUUAUGGUUCAGCUGCGGCAGUGGGUCUUGAAGCAGAGAAGGCUGGACUCUCAAAAGGCCAACGAGUCAAGCAGCCACCAUCGCCCACAGGCGUUGUACGAGGACACCUUGACGGACGACAACGCAUUUCAUGAGCCAGCUCAAACGUCGCCCGCUCGGGAAUCAAACUCGGAUUUCAUCGACAGCGCGACGAAGGAGCUGCAGCGGCUGCUCAAGGUCAGGCCGCCGACGCAGGGCUUGCAGAUUCCUUCCGCGACGACCAACCUCCACGCUGGCCAGGCGCUCCUGUCUCUCUUGCAGCCUCGGGUGGCAGGCGAUGAGCAGGCACCUAGCCAGUCUCGCGGAGUUCCUCGCGCGCCGUCUGAACACACGUUCGCGGAAGCUUCUCAACCACCCCCUUCUCACCAUCAGCACACUCCGCAGCGGGUGUCCGUUUCUGGUUAUGGGCUUACGCCGUCAUCCUCGCUCGGGGCGAACCCAGGCGUAGGUUACCAGCAACCCCGAGCCCGGCCACAUGUGGAUAUCCCCACGGAGGUUCCUCACCCAUCCAUGUACUCGGAGCAAACCCACCAGUUCCGCAGCCAACCCCCAGUGCAGCUCGUACAUCCACAACCGCUACCACCCCAAGUUCAGAAAGCAAUGCUUCUUCAUGGCAUGGCCUCGACCCCUCAGGCUGCGGAGCCUACUACGAACCGACCGUGGCCGACCGGGUUGCCUCAAGGAAAUCCACACAUCAACCAAGGCACCCAAUUCCUCCAUGGCACGCAGAAUCCCCCCUCGGAGAAGAAACCCUCUUCGCUGCUGUCUGAACAUUCGGCGAGCCUGCUUAACGCCCUUAAAAGCAGCGCAAUUCAGUCCAACUCGGGCCAGCAACCUAAGCCGAUAUCUUCACAGCAAGGCGCAUACAUCCCAGUCGACCACCAAAGCCAUCCACAGCCUAUCCCGCCACCGAAAAAUGGGUAUACUGGCCAGUAUAGCCACUCCUCGACCUUGGCUUCGAGUUUCAAUUCGAUGACAACGAAUCACGCCCAACCGGGUUCGACGAGCUCUGAUUUACGGCCCCUGCACCCGACCGACAAACACCGCGCGGGUUUACUUGAUAUGUUUAAGACCACCGACUCCUCGCAGAGUGCGCUCGACGAAGACGGCGCAGCUCGUCGUUCCUCCCAACCUGACGAGGCCGAGAGGAAGCGGCAGUGGGCCGACCAAUCCCCUUCGGCCGCCAACACGCUAAGAUCAGCCGCGUACGAGAACGGUCGCCUGGUACAGAUGAAUCCGGAGACCAACUUACCAUUCCGAGCACUUGGCAUUUUAUCUCGUCCUCGGGGAAACCAGUCGCCAGGCGACGUCGGACAGCAGCUUCCUGACGCCUCUCGAUAUUCGGCGGUUGGAUCACAGGGCAGCCGCAAGUCAUCGUUCACGAAGGCGUCGCCGCGGCCUCAUCAACACUCACAGCCGAAGCCGCAGCCGCAGCCGAUGGCGCCGACAUCACGCAGCGAUUACCAAAGUUCGACGCAGUCCUAUCCCUACGGCCCUCCCCAAGGAGCUGGGCCGAACUCGCUCGGGAUGUAUUCGAACCCCCCUCCUACGUCGGCACUGCCGGUCCCUAGCGGUGUCCAGUUCCAGAAAGACUCGACGGCCGAGCAGAAGAAUACACUCCUAUCGCUAUUCGGAAAACCUAGGCCUGGUCCGGAGCAGGACAAGGGUAAAGAACCAGCAACAAGCGAUCAGUUCGGGCCCGGCGGCGUUCCGCGGUCCCGGCUGGGCUCGGUUACCUCUAGCGAAGGGAAAUCGGCGCUGCGCGGGGGCGGGUCGAGGCGGGAGAGCCAGACAGCUCUGUCGUCAGCAGAUAGAAAUUUCUUGUUGAACUUCUUGGAGAACGCGUCCGGCAACGCUAGGCGUUGACGGAGAUGUCGGCGCAACCGGACGGGAGAGGUUGGUCCCAUGGUGUCGGGGCAAAUACUACGCAGUAUAGGGGGGAGAUGAUUGGGGGAGGGUGAUGGACACAAGUUCGCUAAACAGUUGGGGCAGUUGGGUUAGGGAGGAGUUGUCUACGAUCGAUGGUAUACCCCUUGUAUCUUAAACCAGGAAGCUAUAGCGCGUGCUAACAUGGGCUUUGAUUUUCUGGGACAUUGUUAUAGGCACGUGCCCGAAGUCAAUACGGGUUACAGCCGGUACGUAGUAUAUAAGACCUGUAGUGGGAGCAGUAUAGUAUAGUAUAGUAUAGUAUAGGGCGAGGCGCCUAACGACCUGCCUAUAGGUGCUAGCGUGCGCGCGCGGUAAGUUGUUACAAUUGUUGGCCAACGUGGACAUUGGUUGGGAAUUAGGGGGCAUGGGAACGAAUAUCUACCAUUAUGCGUAUGUCGUUAGGCAGUAUAGGCGUCUAGAGGAGGUACUUGAUCUCAUGUACCUGUACAUAGACUAUGUACAUACCUGCCUGGGACGGUGCUCACCUCCACUUGGUACCCCGCC